CAGCUGGGAUAGGCUCCCCGCGACCCUUGUGAGGAUAAGCGGCAAAAGAAAAUGGAUGGAUGGAUGGAUGGAUGGACUGUUCAAUGAAUUACAGUUGUUUUGGGAAAUGUCCCUAAUUCCAACAUUAGGUCCAUUUGAAAAAUAGCCGUGAAAUUUGGGAUUUUUGUUUGUUUUCGUAUAUUUCUGAAAGGCAAUUCUUGUGAUUGGUUGUCUCUGGUCAUGUGCCAUCCUGCCACAGCCUCAAACAUGACCAAUUUUCAUAAUUUAAUCUCCAAGUGUCACCUUGCUGUGCAGACUCAGUUUGUGGUUUGCCAAAGGUUAUAGACUCACACUUAUGAACACUUUGCAUCCAUCCAGUUUCUUUGCCGCUUAUCCUCACGAGGGUCGCGGGGAGUGCUGGAGCCUAUCCCGGCUGUCAACGAGCAGGAGGCGGAGCAUGCCCUGAACUGGCCGCCAGCCAAUCGCAGGGCACAUAGAGAAAAACAGUCGCUGUCACAAUCACACCUAGGGGCAAUUUAGAGUGUCCAAUUAAUGUUGCAUGUUUUUGGGAUGUGGGAUGAAACCGGAGUGCCCGGAGAAAAGCCACACAGGCACGGGGGAGAACAUGCAAACUCCACACAGGCGGGGCCGGGAUCGAACUUGGGUCCUCAAAACUGUGGGGCCAACACUUUCCAAAGUGAUCCACACCGUGCCGCCUUUGAACACUUUAAUCUUUAUGAUUUUGAAUCUCUUGGAAUAUUUGCUUCUCCGGGUUGUCUUGGAGUAAAUUAUGCUAAUUUGUCACAUAAUGCAUCAAUCCUUUUAAAUGAUGUAUUUACAUUCCAUCAUAUCAGUUUAUUUGGGUAAACAGAAACCAUCUUGUCAAUUCCAAAAUAAUGAACACGGUUAGCUAGGAUAGGUUCGAGCACUCCCGCAACCCGUGUAAGGAUAAGCGGCAAGGAAAAUGGAUGGAUGGUUGAUGCAUUUAUGCAGAAUUGAGAAAACAAAAUAGAGGUGGUAAUAUUGCUCCGAGGAAGUAGUUGAAACGCUAACAAUGCUCAAAAGUUUUGGAACAGAGUAACCAGCAACGUUUCCAAGGCAAUUUCCCCCUCCAGUGUUCUUACGUCACCCGGCGCGGAGAAAGUGGCGAUUUUAAUCAGGCAGCGCGUUGAACAGCUCCAGUGCAGAGUGAGGCGAUAAGUAGACGAUGUGACAUUUUUUUGUGAGGGGGACUGAGAAGGGUUGCGUCAGGAAGGGCAUCCGGCGUAAAAAUUGUGCCAAACAUAUGUGCGUUCAUCUGAGAUGACACGCUGUGGCGACCCCGAAAGGGACAAGCCGAAAGAAACUUACUAGUUGACCUGUGAGCGGAAGGCGGAGGGCAACCUAGCGAACUCCACAAUAUGUCCCGGUUAAUAUUUAGCCCGGUAUCGAGCAGCCUUUGGCUCCGCGGUUGCAAUUUCACUUCCCUCUCCAGAAAGUACUCUUCUAAAAUGUCAUCGGACUCUCACUGGCUCAACCCAGCCGACCGAGACCAGCGCGUGAUGGAGUUGAGGGCCACAGGCUGGAUGGAGGUGGAGGGCCGCGAUGCCAUCUUCAAGGAGCUUCACUUUAAAACCUUCAACCAGGCGUUCGGCUUCAUGUCGCGCGUGGCGCUGCAGGCGGAGAAGAUGAACCAUCACCCCGAGUGGUUCAACGCUUACAACAAGGUGCACAUCACGUUGACCACACACGACUGCGGCGGCCUUUCCAAGCGAGACAUCAAGAUGGCCAAGUUCAUCGACAAAGUUGCUCUUUCCAUGUAAUUUUCUUUGACCAUCAUUAUUCUCUGAAUUAUUUAUUUUUGUGGAUGUUGGAUGGGGGCUUUUCCCCCCAAAACUUAUGAGCAGUGUCGGCAUUCCUCCGGUUGCAAGUCAUUCGUCUUGUUUUGUACGGAGUCGGCGGAUUUGUGCAAAUGAAUGUGCCAACGUCUUUGAUUUUUCCGCCAUCGCAACGACACCUUUUGUCAACCUGUCGCCAUCUCGCGGGAGGAUCGAGGCGAGCUAGUCGAGCUGGUUAGCGGCGCCGACCGGCCUCGUUGGUGUCAGUACCGUCACGUUCGGAUUUUGAGUUUAACGGUGACGUGAUAUUAUUUGAUGGGUAAUAUUAGCACGUUGCUCAUCUACCGGCAUCAAUCUUAAUGUUUGAUGGAUUCAAACGACUGCGCGGCCGGCCGCAUAGCUUCAUCUACCACUGUUAUUUUGCAGGUCCGAUAAUAUCUUGGUGCAGAGAAAUGUAUCUGUAGAUUUAUCUUUUUUUUUUUUUUUACUUUUUAGACAAUUAUUUUGCCAAUAAAAAAAUCUAAGGGAAGCAAUUUUUGUCAAAAGCGCAUCAAGACGGCAGCCAUGUCGCAUUCACCAUUUUUACAAUAUUUUAUUUCUAUGGAACUAUUUCAUCCAUCCAUUUUCUGAGCCGCUUAUCCACGCGAGGGUCGCAGGAGUGCCGAAGCCAAUCCCGGCUGUCGUCGGGCAGGGUGCAUUCUGAACUGGUCGCCAGCCAAUCGCAGGGCACAUGGAGACGGACGACAGUCACGCUCACAAUCACACCUUGGGGCAAUUUAAAGCGUCCAAUCAGUGCAUGUUUUUGGGAUGUGGGAGGAAACCCGAGUGCACACCCAGAGAAAAGCCACGCAGGCACAGGGAGAACAUCCAAUUGAAAGAAUUUUUUUUUAAAUAUAGUUUUACCAGUCAGAAACCUGAAGAGACAUUUUCUGAAAAGAUGAUGAAUUAGUUAAUUGUAUCUUUUUUAUUUUUUUUUUUUAGAAAAGAUGAAAGGAAAUACUGGAAAAUGUGUAUCAAAAUGACUUUGCAGACAGAGCACCAUUUAUUUAUUUAUUUAUUUAUUUGUCAGAAUAUGAAAUGUAUUUUGUGGGGGAAAUGGGCAUGACAAUGUCUUUGGGGAUGAGCACAUACCUUUAUCCAUCCAUCAAUUUUCCUAACCGCUUAUCCUCACAAGGGUCACGGGGCGGGCGGGGUGCACCCCGAACUUGUCGCCGGCACAUCGAGACAAACGGCCGCACUCACAAUCACAACACAUCCCUUUUAUCUAUUCGUAAAUUCACAAUCACAAACUAAUAUUUUACAGGUAGUAGUCAUAAGCCCAUGGCCUAUCUUUAAGCAAAUAAAGAUGCGGUUAUUAUUUUUGGCGGCUUCAAGCAGCCACGCGGUCGACCGCAUGACUUUAUCCCGUGUUUCUCAGACUUCGUUUGAGGGUUUUGGCAGUCUGACGUGAAUUGGGGGUGGCGAGGGGAAGAUCUGAUGUACAUUUGUCUCUUGACCCUGACUGAGUCUGAACCAGAAGAUCAAUCAAGAAGGAGGAGAAGAAGAAGAAGAAGAAGCCACAUCAGCAAGACUCAGCUCCAAAGAGAGCUUCUCCAGACGAGAGCGCUCACUCGACUGAAAACCGCUUACUUUGGAAAACAAAAAUGCUGAUUACCGUGAUUGCGAAAGUAAUAAAAAAAAAAAUACUAAUUAGAGGUUUUACCAACACGAAAACCAAUGCGCUCUUGAAAAUGAUGCAAAAUAUUUCGUGACACGUUAAACUGGGCGGCACGGUGGAGCAGCUGGUAAAGCGUUGGGCUCACAGUUCUGAGGGUCCCGGGUUCAAUCCCGGACCCGCCUCUGUGGAGUUUGCAUGCUCUCCUAAUACCUGCGUGGCUUUUUUCCGGAUGAGCGCCCCAGUUUCCCACAAACAUGCAACAUUAAUUGGACCCUCUAAAUUGCCCCUAGGUGUGAUUGUGAGUGUGACUGUUGUUUGUCUCUAUGUGGCCUGCGAUUGGCUGCCGACCAGUUCAGGGUGUAUGUGUAACCCUGCUCGUUGAUGGCUGGGAUAGGCUCCAGCACUCCCACCACCCUUGUGAGGAUAAGCGGCUAAGAAAAUGGAUGGAUAAACUUGGGGUGACAAGUGGAAGCUUUUACACUGGUCAAGUCAAUCCCCAGACACAAACUGUAUAGAGUAGGCAUUUUGCUUGUUAAAAAAAAUUGCAACUUCUGAUUUAUAUGAUAGGCAUUUGUUUUAAUAGUAAAAACGGUUCAUUGUAAUUUGUUUUAUUUUAUGUCAUGUAAUUGUAAGUAAAUGUCUACAAAAUUAAAAAUAGUGAUUUAAGGAUUUUUACUACUAAAAAAGACCCUUCAAUUUACAAGUUACUUUGGUCGUUUGUUGUUCAUUCGGUGUCAGGUCGCGGUCCUGAAAUCGCAGUCGAGUUUUUGUGUGUUGGGGCUGACGACCCGCUGCCGCAGCGGCAGUAGCUAGUGCGUUCGUCUGCGUCUGAAAAUGCGCGAGAGCUUUGUCGCCUGCGCCACUUCAAUGUCUCGUCGCUAAUAAAUCAUUUUGACGCAAAAAGCUCAUCAGGCGUCCUGAUUACAAGCGACCUAAAUUAUUCUCAGUCGUGAGCAUUUACGAUUGAAGAUGAUACAUUUUUAUGCAACAGACGCGUCAUGUAACUACGGUGCAGAAAAUGGUGCUUAGUCAUCCUGAAUUAUGAUGCGUAUGGUGUGAUGAUAUUUUCGCAUGUAUUAAUCACUUUUGUUUUAAAUGCUCGAAAAUUGCAUUACUGGUCGCGUCGUUAUGUUUAUUUUUAUUGACUCACUUGGGCCGACGCUAUUCCAAGUGAUUUUUUUUUUAUCCCCAUGCGUGUUAUGUCAUUUGUA